UGCGUGGGAUGGCCUUGGUGCGUGGCGUGUGGGAAUGUCAAUGUGUGAAUCGGGGGAUGUAGGGCUUUGGAAUUAGGUUUUGAAUAGUGAGCGGGGGCGAGUUGUUUCCCGUUUGGAGACCACAUUUUUCUUCUGUUCUGAAUGUUUUCCAUGAGUGACGGUGUAUAUUGAUGUGCCUUGAUUCCACUUCAGGGUAUGCCGCUGCUGACCGAGCUGUGCGGCUGCUUCCGGCGCCGGCCCGAGGAGGUGCGUGAGCUCGACUACCGGCACUGCUCGCUGCGAGACGUGCCCGGCGAGGUGUUCACCUUCGAGCGCACUCUGGAGGAGCUCCACCUGGACUCCAAUCAGGUCUGCGACUUGCCAGUCUCACUGUUCCAUUGUCACAGUCUCAAACAUCUGGGUUUGAGCGACAAUGAGCUGCAGACUCUGCCGCCCGCCGUCGCAUCUCUCAUCCACCUGCACGUCCUGGAUGUCAGCAAGAAUGCGAUUACCACCAUCCCUGACAACAUUAACGGCUGCAAGCAGCUGCGCUCGGUGGACGCCAGUGUGAAUCCUCUGGCGCGGCUACCGGACGGCUUCACCCAGCUGCUGGCGCUGCAGGAGCUCUACCUCAACGAUACAUUCCUGGAGUAUCUGCCGGCCAACUUUGGCCGUCUGUCGCGACUCCGUGUGCUGGAGCUGCGGGAGAACAGGCUCACCUCGCUGCCCAAAUCCAUGUCGCGGCUGACCCAUCUGCAGCGCCUCGACCUCGGCCAGAACGACCUCAGUCAACUGCCGGAGGUGGUGGGCAGCCUAACCGCCCUGACGGAGCUUCUGUGCGACUUCAAUAAGAUCAGUCGCCUCCCGGCCCUGCUGGGACAACUCACCCGGCUUCAGCACUUGGACGCCUCCAACAACAAGAUCAGCUUCCUGGCCGACGAGAUCGGGAACUGCACACAGCUCGUCUACCUUCAGCUGUCGGCUAACAACCUACGGACGCUUCCUGAAUCAUGCAGUUUGCUCACCCGCCUGAUAACGCUCAAAGUGGACGACAACACGCUGACGUCUGUACCGGAGAACCUGGGUCACAUCAGUGACCUGGAGGAGCUGAUGGCGAGUCACAACGACCUGACCCGACUGCCGCCGUCGGUCGGUCUGCUGCGCCGCCUCACCGACCUCAACCUGGACAACAACCUGCUGCUGCAGCUGCCGCCGGAGCUGGGCAGCUGCACAUCUCUGCGUGUGCUCAGUGUCCGAAGUAACCGGUUGACGACGGUGCCUGCCGAGCUGGGACACCUCUCCACACUGAGGGUGCUGAACCUGUGCAGCAACCGCAUCUCGCAUCUGCCGUGCUCCUUCACCAAACUGCAUAACCUGCAGGCGCUGUGGCUGUCACCAAACCAGAACAAGCCGCUUGUGCGUCUACAGUCUGAGACGCUGCCCGGCUCGGGGCAGCGCGUGCUCACCUGCUUUAUGCUGCCCCAGCACGACGAUCCUUCGCCGGACGACGACGGAGACUGUCACGACACGCUGCGUCUGCGGCCGCAGCAGCUCGCCGCCUUGGAGGCCGACCUGGCCGCCCGCUCUCACAUUAAGUUCGCGUUCGAUCACUCGUCCGAGCCGACUGUGCAGGGCCGGCUGUUACGCGCGCCCACGCCCUACCCCAAGGAGCUGCGGGAGCUGGCCAAGCACGCACGCAACCUGCAGAAACUGGAGCGGCGGCCGGAGCAUUCGCUAGUGAACGGGGAGCAUGUUGUGUCCCAGGCCAGUGCUGGUGGGGCUGAGCCGACGGAGGCUGCCCCGGCUCGGGACGCCCCGGCUGGGGAUAGUGCGGCACAGCCGGCAACCGUCAGUGACACCAAACCCACUGACACCGCCGCGAGUGUAAAACAGGCGAAUGAGCGGAUCGGUACCAGUCCCCCGCCCUACCACAUCGCCGCUGUCCACUCACGGAUGGCUGGGGAGUUUGCCGCCGCUGCCCCCGCCCCCGCCAACAGCCACCACAUGCUCAAUAUGUCCCUGGACACGCCUUCCGAGCGGCACCCGCCUUCUGCGCCGCUUCGGCUCAACGAGACAUUCGACCUGGCGGACCUGGGCCGGCCGGAGGCGGCAGGGCGACGACCGAACGCCGAGAGUCGCCUUCAGCCCACACAGGAGGAGACCGGCCCGCCGAUCGAAUACAAACUGCCGCCCGAAGAGACUGACCCGCCGCCGUUGAGGUCGAAUGGAAAAUCGCCGAAUUCGGAAGCGACAGAUUUUCGAAAUCUGGGGUAUGCUGGUUCACAAUUUUCCCAUUCAAAGAGGCUGAGUUCCACUAAUGGCUUCGAAUUGAGCAAUGGUGGUGCCGUGAAUCACUCACCGGCUGUGUUUCGGAGUUCAAUCAGACAAGAGCGGACCGAGUCUUCAGAAAAAGGUGCAGCCGGUGAGACGGAGCGUCCGGCACCCUCUGACGACUCUCCGUACGAGCGACCGAUCGUCAGCUCUGCGGCCGGACCAACGACGGGUCCCGGCGGCCCGCAACUGCUCUCCACAAUCAGCCAGAUCACCGACUACGACUCGAGCACCUCAGACAGCGCCGAGGCGGCGGCAGCAGCGGCGGCCGGCCGGGCUCGCGGCUCGCCGCUGCGGGUGGUGCUUGCAUCUCGUAUCCCCCGCAGGCUGAGCAGUCCUGGACUGCCGGGGGUUCCGCUACCCGCUACUGCAGCCGCGGCGGCUCGAACCCGCGGCUCAACGGCGGCAGGUGGGGAGCCUGGCCCACCUGCCGGUCACCGGGCGUCCUCCGCUAGCCACGAUAUGUCUCCUCACCUGGGACGAAAUUCUCCCGCUGUCGCCGACACUACUCAUAGCGGAUUGCCUGCUCCGAGUGGUCUUCCUGCGCCGCGCGGCAGACAGUGGACUCCUCAGUACGCCAACGGCCCAGGGCGGCCAUGGGAGCGACCCUCCGGUCCUCUCCCCGCCUCUGCGGAGAGACGGAAGUCGCCACGGCGCGGAUCGCUACCAACGGAUCGCUCUCCCAACCAGCGCCCAUCAGAAACAUCUGCGACGGACGCUGUGGGAGUGACAACCCGCGGCGGGCGCCCUGUCCCAACCGAUCAGCAGGGCGCGGAGACGGGGUCGGUGAGCGGUGCUCCCUCAGACUCCCAGCAACCGUCGCCGGCACCGCGCCGCUGGUCCAACAUGACAGGAACUAGUGGAGUGCCGGCACCUGCCGCUCGUUGGACAGGGCCCCCGGUCAGCGGAGCGCAGACUCCGACCGGACGCGGUGGACCGCCGGCGCAGCAGCAGGCGGUGGAGAGAGUCGACACGCCGACAGGCGUCGGCGCGGCCCCAUCACCCGUCGGAGGCGCCGCAGCACGCCGCUCGGCCGUGCCCGCAGUACACGGUCGGUCCACCUCCCGGAUCCCAGUGUCGACCCGUCCGGGUCAGGUGGCGGCGUCUCCCUCUCCGGCCGCCCGUCACGGCUGGCCGCUGCCGCCGCCCACCGCCGGCUGGCAUCAGAUGGAGCUGACCAUUGAGAAGAAUCCCGGGCUGGGGUUCAGCAUCGCGGGUGGAUCUUCGAAGGGAGGCCAUUCAGGCAAGGGUGUGUACAUCAGUCGAGUGCACGCCGACAGUCCGGCCUGGGGUGUGCUCCGUCCCGGCGACCUGCUCCAGGCCGUCGACGACUGCGACCUCAGCGCCGCAUCGCACGAGCACGCCGUCAACGCCAUCGUCAACACGGGCUCCAGCGUGCGACUGCGACUGCUGCGGCCGGCCGCCGUCCAGUGAGUGGGUCUCGGGACAGACGGCUGGGGGUGACCAGCGAUCAACGAGCUGCUGACGGGUCAGAGAGCUAUUGACAGACACCAGGAAUGCCCAGGGGAUCACUGAGGGACGCUGGCAACUUGGGAAGUGCUCUGACCUUGCACCUGUCCUGUCAGAGGCUGUUACAAUACGAGUGACUGUCCUGAUUUUACGAAGCUCCCGUCUUCCAGAGCGGUUUCUCGCGCCGUAGCAAUCAUAGAGGGUUGUUGAUUUAUCGUUUGUUUGAAAAGACUCAUGAAAUCAAUGAACGAAUGCUGAGCUAGUCAAUUUCAUUCGUAGAAGUUUUUCUACGAUUGGCGGAUUUGACCGCUCUUCUUUAAACUGUUCUGCAUUCUCUUAACUAGUGUAUAAUUUUCUCAAAUCCAGUCUAGUAACAUCGAAGUUGCGAUGGUUGGUGUGUAUUACACUUUUUAUUGCUACGUGCCCUCGUGCUGCUCUGGAAGAUCCGCUUCGCAGCACCUCGCUCUGUACCCAAGUCGGUCGGCUAGAAUCAUCCAAAGAUCUGCGCUCUCGCGUUUUAUGUUAGAACCUCAUUGUCGGUGGGCCAGUACCGUUCUAUGCUUGUAUGCAUGUGUGAAGGCUCGACUAUUCUGUCUUUCAAUUAUCAUGUAAUCAAUUAGAAUCAUUGAGAGUCUCAUCUUUUCACGUCAGCUCACAUUCUCACUUUUCGCAUCGUGUCGCUAGUCUUAGCGCGGCGUGUCUGGGUCGGUUGACCGCUAAUUACAAUGAUGCUAAUCUUGUGCAAUGUAUGGCACGUCAUUGUGCUAACCUGAAACAUAUCUUUUGUAUCUGCAAAUGCACUGUGCUUCCACGAUAAUGUUCACUUGGCAGUUAAUGUCGGGGAGAUAGCUUAGCUUACCUAGGUAAAGCCUAGGAGGUAGCUAAGUCUGAAUUUCGCUCCUUUUGUUGAAUUUUUGCGCUCACGCUAGACUUACGUUUCAUCGGUGCGUGAAAUGACGUGUGUGAAAUCAAACUUUCACGUUUUUAUCAAUGUGCACUGUACGGUGGUGAGUGGAGUAUUUUGGGUUAUUGCUGAUCACGAUCAAAAUGUGUCAAGUUUCCAAAGAGUAGAUAUUGUACAGAACACAUGUUUUUUUUUUCUCGUUUUGGUGAGCUCGUACGGUCUGGAAAACGCGCAUGAGAAACCUGUGAUGACUUUGAACCUGCAUUUCCUGCCCUUUGUUCCAGCAAGAUGUACGUUAAGUUGUGUGCAUGUAGGUUUAUGCUUAGAGUUUAGGAUGCUGUUUCUUUUUUUUGGAAGGGGGAGGGACUGAGCGGGGUUUGAUAACUAGUUUUUUUUUUACAAUUACCAGUUAUGAAUAUGUUAUCAUCGCACCGAAUGCAUCUCUCUGACGUCUGACUCUCGUGCUUUUUUAAUGCGUACUCAUCUAUCAUUCAAACGUGUCAUCUCAUCUCUGUAAAAGUCACUGACGCGAUUGUUGACACCUGAAUCUCCGUCACAGGAACGUUCCGUCCGCCGCUCGGUGACGUUUAUGGGAGGGCAAGGCUUGUGUCUUACUGACUAUCUUGGUUAUGUAUGUUCACCGAUCUUUCAAGUGCUUAAGGCCUAGAUGCGAUUUUUGCCCGUUUUAUGUCGUCACUCGUCAACGCUGCAUGACUUGCUUUUGACAUUUGACAUUUUCACAACGAUAUCAGCGCUUAUGUUAAUGCAUUCUAGUUUAUUAUAUGCUCAAGGUGAUGUAAUGUGUAUGCAAUACAAGGUGUAGGCCUGCACCGCACCGUUACCUA